AUGUCUCCGACGCCGCUGCUACCGCCACGGCGGCCGCAACACCCGGUGUCAUGGAGGCCCCAAGAUACCCAAACCAUGCUGCCGCAUGGCACGGCGGCACCACCGCCACCACCAAUCCCCUUCAAUACAUCCCGCAGCUUGCACCAUGUGUCUCCAUCUCUCUCUUUUGGAUUUGGAUACACGCCAUCAAUGGUUGAGCAGGCUACCUCUUACGCCUCUGAGGCUGCGAACUCGCCCCUACGCUACCAGACAGACGGAUCAGCUCAUGCAGCAUCGGCUGCCUCUCGUUCCGUGUCCAAGCGCCGACGCAGUUCGUCGGCGUCUGACAUUGCCACCGAUGACGUCGGUAUGGAAUCUGCUGAGGAUGUACCCAAGCGCAAACGCGGUGCGCUUCAUAUGCUUGAUGAUACCGCCUCGCCUUCGACAUCUGCCUCGGCCACCACCUCCUCGGCCAAGCUUCCGUCGCGUGAUUUAGGUCGGAUUCUUGCGGCGUAUGAAAAGCCCGUCAUUCUUUCCCUAGUACUUGAUCUGGCGAAAGAGGAUGAACGCUUAGCUGAGCGCAUAUAUACCCGCUUGCCGACGCCCUCGGUGGAUCAUGCCAUGGCCACGCUGCAGACCUUGGAGGCACGCGUUCGUGCAGCUAUACCCACGUCCGCAUCGGCUGUCGCACAAGUGCGUGAUCAGUAUAUCUGGAGUCGGGUACGCACAGUGCUUGCCGAGCUCGUCUCGGAACUUGCGUGUCUUAUCCCGCUCUUCUCCAUGACACCUCGUUCGGAGACGAGUGAGGCUGUACACCCCAGUACUGCAUUCACUUUUCUUCAUGCUGCUACAAGCUGUGCGCUGCGAGUUGUACGCAUGCUACCUGCUGAUACCGUUUCCUUGUUUAAGCACGUCAACGGGGGGACGUUGCUCAGGUCCUUCCAGCAAAGUUUGACGCCCGUGCCGGAUGCACGCGAACCAUUUGCGUCCACCAUUUUCCCGAUGUUGCUACGUGAAUGGCAGGCUUGGCUCCAUGCCAUUGAUGCGGCUGUGAAUCAGCAUGCGCGCAUUUUUGGCCAAGAUGCGAUUCUUGCAUGGGAGCGUGGCUUGGCGUCUUUGGGCACGGGAGCCGUUUCAUCGCGUGGCGCGAACGAGCAUGCCAUGCGUGCCAUGAUGGACGAUACUGCGGCGCAAAUGCACACAUGCAUCGGGUGGCUUGUUCAGCCUGCACACCGUACGUCAUGGCUCGCGACUUCGAAUGGAUGCAGCAGCGCUAUGGACGAGGGCGACGAGUAG